UAUACCACCCCAUAAGCGUUAAGGAAUGGAAUCUGUGCGCAAAGCCAACACCCGACUGCGUAACUAUCCGAUUUUGCUUACAAAGUGUGCUGAACAGGCAUCACUGUAUGCGGCGUGCGUAUCUCGGGAAAUCAACGUUCAGCCAAAAAUUUGCGAGAACGAGUUCAAAGAAUUUUUGAACUGUAUGCGUAAAACCGCCAAAGAACUAAAAACUAAGUUGUAAACGUACGCUUUUAAAU